ACCAUCCUAAUAUUUGUUACUUUUAUUUGCUGGGACCGGUCGGCUGAAAUUGAAUUGAUAUCCACUUUUUUUUUUUUUUUGAAAAAAAGGCUUAAUUGAUAUCAACUUCUACUCGAAGAAACACAUACUUUGACAAUAUUCUAUUACAUUUGUUAUUACUAUUAGGAAAAGACUAUAUAUAUAUGAGGUCUAAUAGACUUCCUUACAAAUCUGUCUAGCACAUUUGUUCUUUGCUGUACAAAAAUUCAUACUUACGUACUUAGCAAGACAACUGUGUUCUAUCGAUGCGAGUAUUCUCUACCACGGAUGUCCACCAAGUGUUCUUCAACUACCGAGGAGAGGAACUGCGUUACAGCUUCGUUAGUCAUCUCAUUGAUGCUUUUGAAAGGCAUGGAAUCGAUUUCUCCGUUGACAAAUACGAGCAGAGAGGCAAAGAUCUCUUUGCAAGAAUCGAAGAGUCGAAGAUCGCGCUGGCCAUCUUCUCUACCCGGUAUGCAGAAUCAAGCUGGUGCAUGGACGAGCUUGUGAAGAUGAAGAAACUUUCGGAUCAAAGAAAGCUCCAAAUAAUCCCAAUCUUCUACAAAGUGAGUGCAAGAGACGUUAGAAAGCAGACAGGUGAGUUUGGUGAAAAUUUCUGGACGCUCGCCAAAGCUUCUAGUGGAGAUCAGAUCAAGAAGUGGAAGGAAGCCUUGGAGUGUGUCUCCGACAAGAUGGGUUUGUCCUUGAAAGACAAGAGGUACUUCCCACUCACACUCAUACUCACUCGCAUUCACACUAGCAUUCGCACUCGACUCAAACACAAGACCGGUACUGGGCACAUUCCAUUACAACAUUAGUUUUGCUUCUUCAUUUUUUGGAGUUGAUAUGCAUUAUCAUACUCCCUACAUUAUUAUUUUUUUAAAUCAAAAUCUUUAGGAUAUUUUUGUUAAAACAAACUUUCAAGACAGACCCCUGCUUACACUCAUUAUUCCUGGUCUUGCUUUUUUUUUCUUUUUGAAAAGGUUCUUCGUCUUGAUUUUUAUACACUUUAAUUACAACCACCUUUAAUUACAACCACUCACAUUCACACUCACACUCAUUCUUCUUAGUCUUGCUCUUUUGAACACUUUAAUUAAAACCAGAGAAUCGUGAUAUUUAUUUACGUUCAAAAUGUGAAGGCUAUUGUAUAAUUACUUUUUUGGCAGCUCUGAAGCCCAUUUUGUCAAAGAGAUUGUUAAGGAGGUCAAGAGAGUUAUGGCAGCAAUAAAAUUACAGGAAGAAGAAGAAAAUAAUUUGGAGGAAAAAGGAGAAAGCUUGAGAAUUGCAUUCUCCAUGCAUGAUUGUUUCAGCAUUAUUAUUAACUGUUAGGACGUAGACAUGGACCAAUAGCUCUCUUUCCUGGAGACCCUCAAGAGAAUCUAGAAUAUCGAGAAAACUUUAGCUUCAGAUCAAUGCCGCUUUUCACUUCAUAGCAACAGAAAUCUCAAUUUUGUCUUAACCAGAGAUAACCAAUAAACAUACUUUUUUGUCUGGAAUAAGUUGUGUACUGAAAGAUAUAAGCUUAUUUGUGAUGGUAUUUUAAUUUGAGCGUGUGUCUACUACUUGUAUGAGUUUAUUUUUUCUGGAAGAAAGUUUACAAGUGACAAAAUGGCAGGCCAGCCAUCUUUGAGUUUGUGGAUCUAUUCAGUUCUUGCAUUUUUUCUUCCCUAGUUCCACCAAACCAGAAGAUACAAGGUUUGAGAGUAAUCAAAUGUCUUUCUUUUAAUUUGAUCAACGAAAGCUACGGUAAAAAAAGUUUGCUCUUACAUCAUCUGCCAGAACGCAACAUCAAGAUCAGCAACAACCACAAGCAGGCUAGUAAAACAUAUCCAACAAUACAAGCUAUAACGAGAUUCUCACAUAUAUAUAAAAAAAAAAAUAGUUUGAUGUUAUAUAGAUCGCAUCAUCCUUAGCACAAAAAUAGCUAUUAAAAGUAAGAAUUUAUAAGUGUGUGUACCUUAGCGUUUGCCGAUUUUCUGAGGUCUAAACGGUGAGUUAUGAGGUCUAAUAUUUCGAAUCUGUUGUAUGACUUGAAUUAAGUCACUUGACUAACCAAUUAACCAAAACAAGUUGAUCAUUCUGAACGGUGACAUGGAUUUGAAAGGGAACAUGUCGAAGAGCAAUGUAGAGGAUUUUAAUAUAUUUAUUAAAAAAAUCAAACUUUCUGAUAUAGCAUAACUGCAUAAAUCAUACUUCUCAUACGAA